AUUUUGAGGAAGUAAAUGUAUGUCUUAAGACACUCAUGAUAGUGACAGCUCACACAGCGAGAAAGCCAUUGGACAUAACAACAUCCUGUCUAUGCAUAAAAGCAUUGCAUUGGUUAAAAAAUACGUUCUGUAACUAUUAUACAGGAAAAUAGGAUAAUUUUAAGUUUUAGGCAUCAACCACCCUUUUCCCUGUAGCACAUUUUAUGUCUGAUAGUUGUACAUCAAACAUACUGAACCGCUUUCUCAAAGUCUUGGUCUUCGCUGAUGUUUCAAUAUUUCGAGAUAUGGACAUGAAGACGUGGAUGGCGGGCACACAGUGUGUUGCCAAAAAGGACCAUGGUAAACCUAAAUCUGAUGAAAUACAGUAUUGCAAAGGUGAUGUCCUCACAAUCCUGGCAUCAGGAGGGAAAAAAGGAGUGUACAGAGCGAGACACAACACCACCGGAGAAGAAGGCCUGGUGUCCGCUUCCAACCUACGAGAGAGGGAGGCCAUCCGUAUAGACCCUAAACUCAGUCUAAUGCCCUGGUUUCAUGGAAACAUAUCAGGACCACAGGCUGCCCGCAAACUCCGGACCAUGGAAGACGGCCUGUUCCUGGUUCGAGAGUCCAUCCGACACCCGGGCGAUUUCGUACUGUGCGUCUGCUUUAACCAAGAAGUGUUUCACUACCGCGUCAUCUUUCGAGACAGCAAACUGUCCAUCGACAACAAAGAGUUCUUCUCCAAUCUCAUCGACAUGAUAGAGUUUUAUACCAGAAACAAAGGUGCCCUUGCAACAAUACUACUGAAGCCAAAAAAGAAAGAAGGCACAAAGUCUGCUGAGACUGAGCUGUUAAAAUCUGGUUGGUUACUGGAUAUCUCAAAGUUGACUUUAGGAGAUACCAUUGGUGAAGGGGAAUUUGGAGCUGUCUUCGAAGGCGAGUACGGAGGGCGGAGGGUCGCCGUCAAGAACAUCAAAUGUGACGUUACAGCUCAAGCUUUUCUCGAAGAGACAUCAGUCAUGACAAGCCUUCAUCAUAAGAAUCUGGUGCAGUUAUUAGGGGUCAUUCUGCACAAUGGACUUUAUAUCAUAACAGAAUUAAUGUCAAAGGGAAAUUUGGUGAAUUAUCUGCGCACACGAGGACGUUUCGCUGUCAAUGCGGCUCAGCUGCUGAGAUUUGCUCUAGAUGUGUGUGAAGGUAUGGAACAUCUGGAGUCAAAGAAACUUCUGCACAGAGAUCUCGCCGCCCGCAACAUUCUGGUGUCUGAAGACUCGGUCGCCAAAGUCAGUGAUUUCGGUCUUGCUGUGGCAAAGGUCAGUGCGGACACCCCAGACACCUUAAAAAUACCUGUGAAGUGGACCGCACCCGAAGCGUUAAAGACCAGGAAAUUCUCCACUCAAUCGGAUGUAUGGAGUUAUGGAAUACUUCUGUGGGAAAUCUUCUCUUACGGCAGGCAGCCAUACCCCAAAAUGACGGUUACUGACGUGAGAGAACGUGUGGAUCAAGGUUACCGCAUGGAGUCACCCGAUGAAUGUCCACCUGAAAUCUACACCAUCAUGAGGUCCUGUUGGGAAACAGAUCCCAAAAAGAGACCGUCUUUCCACAAACUGCGAGACAAACUAGAAAAAGAGGUCAGGAGAUUUGAAACGUGAUUGCUUUGAUCCAGUUGUGUAAACUGAUGACUGUUCAUCAGAUGCCAAAGUUGACAUCGUCUUUAAUAUUGUUCACAUGUGUCGAACUUACUAUUUAUUUCUAUUCGAGCACUUUCUAUGUGUGUAUGUUUAUUUAAAUUUCUUUAUUUGUUUAAGAAAUUACGUGAUUUAGUAAAAUGUACCUUUAUGAGUUCAGACCGGUGAGGAAUUGAUCCCUGACUUUUGAUUUCAUUCAGCACUGUGCUUCUCAGAUGGGCAUUUGCUUUAUCAUAUUUUGAUAAAUUUGCUAUAAAUAUCGCUUUUGUCAAGUCAAAGUCUGCUGUAUUUUAUUGCGUGUUAUUCUGUCAUUUGACGACAGGCUGGUUAAAUUAAUAUGUGUCAACAUGGAUUCAUUGUGAAACAUCAGUGCCUUGUGUUGUACGUGAUUGAGGUUUAAUUUCAAUAAAUGCAUCAUAAGGAAAUAAUUUUUCCAAAACAGA